AUGUUCUCUCCGGGCAGAAACUAUACGCUAUUGACAGUAGAACUAAAGUCUGCAACAUUGAAUUUCAAAAGGGCUGGAAACUUUUACAUGAGGGUAUGGAUUAAUCAAAAGCAAAAACUUGAAACGAAGGUGGUAAGUUGGAUCGUUGGUUCCGACCAGCCGGUAUGGAACCAGAAGUUUAUUUUCUCCGUUCCCAACACCUUUAUGUCUGACGAGAACUCCACGGUUCGUUUCAAGAUCUUCCGGGAACGUAAAUAUGUCCCGGACUCUUUAGUGGGAAGAGCUGAAUGCAAGGUGAAGUCUUUGUUCCCACCCGCGAACAUGGAAUCAAGGAACGGGAUUGAGGAGGAGGUUAAAUAUGAUACUGAGAAUGAGUUUGAAGACAUUGAUCUUGAUGAUGACAACGAGAUUCAAGAAGUCAAAGAAGAACGGAUACCAGAGUUGAAAGCAUCGGGUAGUUUUGAGUUUUCAAAAGGUUCGAGUACGAAGGGAUUGUUGGAUGUAGAGAUUGUUGUGUGGAGGAGUAGUGAUGUGUCGAGUGUGGGUGAUUCUAACUGGAAACGGUUUGCUAUGUUAUAUGACGAGUUCAUGAUGGGAGUUGGAAGGGACACUGAGAUAAUGAAGGUAUCGUUUUUUAUGUGCUUAGUGCUACCAAAAACUAGACCUUAG